UUUGGAUGUUUUCGUGUUUUAUUUUUUGUUAAUUUAAAGAGUUUUAUGUGAUGCAAAUUUGAGUUGAUCAUGGCUUAGUUCUACGAUAAAUUAUGCCCGUUUCUAUUUUCUCUAAAGGCGAACAGAAUUUUUAUGAGUUUUUGUGAUUGCAGUGCUGAUAUCCUACAAUUUUAUUUAUUACAGAUUACGAAGUAAAAUAUGAUGGAGCUUUUGAAAAUAUUAUAUGUCGCUUGUGGAAUUGUGAGCAUAGUUUUCUGUACAGCCGAAGAAUCAGCAAGUGAUACCAAACUCAAAGUAGAAGCAAAAGAUACUACUAGCAAACAACAGGAAAACCUCCCUCCUUGCCAAGCUUGUCGUUUACUAACUAAUUCUUUUAAAAAGGGUAUUGAAAAAACUGCAAGAGGGAAAUUUGAAGGAGGUGAUGCAUCUUGGGAAGAAAGCCGGUUGAAAUCUUAUAGUGAGAGUGAAAUCCGACUUGUUGAAAUACAAGAAAAUCUUUGCUCUGAGGAAAACAAAGCCUCUAAUCAAUGCCAUUUACUGGCAGAAGAACACGAGCAUCUCCUUGAGGAGUGGUGGUUCAAAGGAAAAAAUUCAUAUCCAGACAUAUUUUACUUUUUAUGCAUUGACAAAUUGCAAGUUUGCUGUCCAGAAAAUCAUUUUGGACCAGAAUGUAAGCCCUGCCUUGGUGGGUUAACUAAUCCAUGUAAUGGUCAUGGCCAGUGCAAGGGUGCUGGUACUAGAAAAGGAUCUGGACAGUGCAGAUGUCACACUGGCUAUACUGGUGAUUUGUGUGAACAAUGUAAAGUUGGGUACUAUAAUGAAACAACUAAUGAUGGUACUUGGCAGUGUGCAAAAUGUGACAAAUCUUGCAAAGCGCAUUGUCGAGAAGCUGGACCUAAAGGUUGUGAAGUGUGUGCAGAUGGUUAUCACUAUAUAGUUGAAUUUGGUUGCUUGGAUGACAACGAGUGCUAUGAAUUAAGUGAACUGGCCUGCAAACAUGGUACAUUUUGUGUAAAUACAAUUGGAUCUUAUCGUUGUGUUGAAUGUGAUAAGGCCUGCAAUGGUUGCUCUGGUGAUGGUCCUGAUAUGUGUGAGACAUGUGCUGAGGGCUAUGUUUUUCAAGAGCCAUUAUGUAUUGAAAACAAAACUUGGCGGCGAUCCAUUCACAUCGAAGUGGCAAGAUAUGCAACAUAUUUAGGACUUUGCAUUGCUACCUGCAUUAUUUUUCGACGUAGUAUGUUUUUAGCGAGCAUCAUUGGAGUAUUUGUAGCUGUAUAUAUUGGACUCUCAGAGUAUACUGUGGGUGAAUGGGAUAAAAGAUCACUAGUAAAAUCUGUAAAAUCAUUAGCAUUUUUAUGA